AUGCCGCCCCAAAUCAAGCAGGACCUCAACCGGUCCGGCUGGGAGUCCACCGACUUCCCUUCCGUCUGCGAAAACUGCCUUCCCGAGAACCCCUACGUCAGGAUGCUCAAGGAGGACUACGGCGCCGAGUGCAAGCUCUGCACGCGACCCUUCACCAUCUUCAGUUGGGCUGCCGAUCGUGCCCACGGCCGCAAGAAGCGCACGAACAUCUGCCUGACCUGCGCACGGCUCAAGAACUGCUGCCAGUGCUGCAUGCUCGACCUCUCCUUUGGAUUGCCUCUGGUCGUGCGAGACGCCGCUCUCAAAAUGGUCGCGCCGGGCCCGAGCUCAGAGAUCAACCGGGAAUAUUUCGCGCAGAACAACGAGAAGGCUAUUGAAGAAGGCCAUGCUGGCGUGGAAGAGUACGAGAAGACUGACGAGAAGGCCCGCGAGCUCUUGCGGCGCCUGGCGCAGAGCAAGCCGUAUUUCAAGAAAGGGAGGGCUAUCGACGAGGCGACGGGCGAGGCUGUGGCCGGCCCUUCGUCCGCUGGUGGAAGUGCAGCUGUCGGUGCCGGCGUCGGCGGCCCGGGACCCAUCAGGACGCGCGACUCGAGAGCAGCGGGCGCACUGGGAGCGAGGCCCGGCGGCAGUCGCAAGGGCGCAAAUCAGACCAGAGCACCUCAACCACCCCCGGGGCCCAAGGACUGGCUGCCCCCCUCUGACCCAAACGUCAUGUCGCUCUUUGUCACGGGCGUCGAGGACGAUCUACCCGAGUACAAGCUCCGCGAGUUCUUCAAGGUGCACGGCAAGAUCAAGUCGCUGGUCUGCUCACACAUGUCUCACUGCGCCUUCAUCAACUACGAGACGCGCGAGGCCGCCGAGAAGGCCGCGGCUGCGUGCCAAGGCAAGGCCGUCAUAGCCGGCUGCCCUCUGCGUGUUCGCUGGGGACAACCACGUGCGAUCGGGACCAUGAAGAGGGAAGAGCGGACCGAGAUGAUUAGGGAUGGCCGGUCAGCCUUCCCUGGCGCAAAGGGCGCAGGUGCACGAGAGGGCCCUAGGGCUAUCGGCGCCGGCGACCCUCAGGCAUCGACUGGUUCUGGCGGGCAGGAUGAGCUCGCGUCUCUGGCUCCAGCCGCGCCUCCCGGCGCAGCAGAUGUACAAUAUGCAAGCCUGGCAGGCAAUUAG